AUGACUCCAUCUAUUGCUAUAAUUGGUGGAGGCCCGUCUGGCCUUGCACUAGCCGGCCUCCUUGAAACGAAGGGCAUCAAAGACUAUAUUAUUUAUGAGAGGAGCGCAGUAGACACCCCGCCACGAGGUUCAUGUCUUGACUUACAUCCGGGCAGCUCGCAGAGGGUCAUCAGGGAAAUUGGAGCUUUUGACCUCCUGAAGAAGUAUGGAAGAUGGGGCGGCUGUACACUCCACCUUCUCGCCAAGAAAAACCUUGAGCGGGUAUUCGAGUUUGGAGAGGGCCGUGAUGCCCCAGAGGUUGAUCGGUCGGAUAUCAAAAGGAUCUUGUUGAGUGCCAUUCCUCCACAGAAGAUAUGUUGGAGAACUGCCGUCGUUGGUAGUAAGCGAGAUGCCGACGGAAAAAUUGUCAUCCAGUUAGGCGAUGGUACAGAGGUAUCCGGCCUCAAACUUGUUGUUGGUGCUGAUGGCUCCAUGAGCAAGGUCAGGCAUCUGAUUCACUCUGCUGUACCAGUUUAUUCGGGCUAUGUUUCCGUUCCCACGAACCUCAGUCCUUCAAAUGCUCACUAUCAUGUGAUGGAAAAGGCGGCUGGGGAGGCGAAUCUCGUCGCUCUCGGUGAUGGUAAGGUUAUAUGGACCGCGCCUCAAGGCGACGGUACAUACCGGAACGAACUUGUCAUCCCAGCUCCCGAGGACUUUCCAAAGAACACAGGGGUCGAUUUCAACGAUGACGAGGCUGCCAAGGAGUUCUUCCUCCGAGACGAGUAUUUUGGAACAUUCGCCCCUGAGAUUCGAGAAGUCAUCAAGUACAGCGAGGGGGACUGGAGGCCAUGGAGGCUCUAUCACAUGCCUGCGAACUGUUUCAAUUGGGAAGCGUCGUCUGACGUUACUCUGAUUGGCGACGCUGCUCACGUCACCACGCCGUGGGUCGGAGACGGAGUCAACUGUGCUAUUCGAGAUGCGCUCAUCUUGGCGAACAAGUUGGAUGAGUUCGGGAUCACGAAGGAAGCCGUUGCCGCAUACGAAAAGGAGAUGUUUGUCUGGGCAGAGGACCUUGUUCGGAGAAGUAUACAGAGUGCGGAGCUGUUUCUGGCAAAGGAUAACCCGAAGUCACUAGUGGAAUUUUUCAAGACUUCGUUCGCGACGCUUAUUGGGACCACAGACAAUCUAUGA